CAAACUUGUGCCACAGCUUUUGGGAGAGGCAGAAAACAUUCCAGUGCUGACUACUUGACUGCCAGCCCACCAGCACCUUUCUUCUUUCAGUAGAAGAAUAUUUUCUUCUGUGCUCAGGAUCAACCAUCCCCAUGUAUCUGACACUAAUCAUUUUGGGCCUAGCUGCCCUUAUUGACACUUCCAAUCAGUCUGGAUGCUAUGGUGAUAUAAACAGAGUUGAUAGCACUGGGGCAUCUUGUCAAACUGCAAAACCAGAACGCUUAAAAUACUGCGGAGUUCCAGCUUCUCAAAAGAUUGCUGAGGGGGAUCUAACCAGAAUGAAUAAAUAUAAAGACAUCAUUAAAAGUGCUGGCAGAAAACAGUGUGUGGAUCCAGCUGUGAUUGCUGGCAUCAUCUCUAGAGAGUCACAUGCAGGAGCUGCCCUAACCGCUGAUGGCUGGGGUGACGGGGGAAAUGCCUUUGGUUUGAUGCAAGUUGAUAAGAGGUAUCAUACACCCGUUGGGAAAUGGAACUCUGAGGCUCAUCUCAUCCAGGGCACACAAAUCCUUGUGGGUAUGAUUAAGGAAAUCCAGAGAAAGUUCCCAAGGUGGACUAAAGAACAACAGCUGAAAGGUGGGAUUUCUGCCUACAAUGCAGGACCUCGAAAUGUACAGACCUAUCAAGGAAUGGAUAUUGGCACAACCCACAAUGAUUAUGCCAAUGAUGUAGUUGCACGAGCCCAGUUUUACAAGAAAAAUGGAUACUAACUGUGGGAAUGCCCUUCUACUUGGAUAAAUUACAGUCCUUAAGUUGAUUGGUCCAACUUUAAUGAGAGAUCUUGAGCAUUGCUUAAUGUUACUGAUUGUUUCUCUGAGCAAUGCGGCUUCCUUGGUCUUACUAUUGUCAAUUUGUUGCCUUCCCAAUUUAAAAUGUUGCUUAUUUCGUUAUUUGUCAUUUUGCUAAGAAAUCAAAGGGGAAAGUUCUCUCUUUGGGGAAUUCAGCUUUCAUUUUCAAUUUUUUUGUAAAUUACUUUGAAAAUGCAUUCUUACAGCAGCUGGCUUUUGGUUGAAAAUCUUCAGGUGCUAUGCAAAUUAUGCAUAUGUAUUCUAAUUUCUACAUUCAUUCCUCUUCCCCGCACCCCACUAGCCUUUCUCUCACCCACUGACUCCUCAAUUUAUAUCUUCACUAACUGGCUUUCUUGCAUGCAGACCAGUCU